AUGACUGAUAGCAGGUCACCCGGUUCUACUGGGGCAUUGGACACUAAAACUGCUCCAUAUCGUGUAUGUGACAUCUGUCAAAGAAGGCGAAGAAAAUGCAAUUUGGACAGGCCAUCAUGUUCGUUUUGCAUAAGGAAUGGUAUGCAGUGUACAUACAGUAGCCGAAAACAGAAGCCUGGCCCUCGCAAAGGUCGCGUCUCAACAACGACCGCUACUCUUAUCUCGAAGCUUCAAAACCUCGAGUCUGUCCUGAAAUCCCAGCAAGAGCAAUUGGACCAGCGAACUCCAGUCCCGGGCACAAUUGAGAAGAACUAUGAGAACAAGAACAACAAUAUAUGCAGUUUCCGCGCCGAACUUUUGGACAAUGAAUCAUAUAUCCCUGCCCUGGAGAGCACACUGGACCAGUGGCAUAAUAUCACAACGCUCUUGGGUGGUAUCACCAAUAACGACGUAACCUGUGGCCCAAGCGCUCUUCCAUUGGAGAUAUACACGAAAAGAAACCAUCUACAUCAGACAGGGUUGCAACUUCAUCUUCUCUCACUCUAUUUCGACCAUUUACAGCCGAUAGUACCGCUAUUUCGAGCCCGCCCCUUUUACGAAGAUUACCAUAACGGCAAAAUAACCAAUGAACUCCUUGCUCCUAUGUUCGCAUUAGCGGCGCCGUUUUCCUCUGAUCCAAGUAUAUCUGUACUGUCGCGUUUAGACUUCUGGCAGGACAUGAUGCUUGAUCAUGGGUCCAGCGGUAGUCCCCGAACAGCAGCAUUGGAUGAAGUUCGAGUAGCUGUUCUGCGAGCCCUGUAUGGUUAUGCGCAUUUCCAAGGUCGGCAAGCGUGGCAACAAAUAGGAAAUCUUACUCGGCUGGCUUACGCUUAUGGUUUGCAUAAAGUCGAUAGCCCAAGUAAUAAAACGUUGAUGUCUGAGGAAGACCGAGAAGAGAGACGUUAUAUCUGGUGGUCUGUUUCGAAGCUCGAUUCCCAUUCCAAUUGUCUUGCAUCAACUCCAUUCUCGAUCGAUCCUGAAAACGUGUAUACGUUCUUAGUCUCUACACCAGUGGAAGAAUUCACCGCUGGAAGUACUUCGCCAUCGGUUCGAGCAAUCUUGAACACAGGGUCCGGUCGAGCGGAACAGGUGGUGCAAGCCAUUCGGUUAAGUGGCACAAAUGGCGGGCAAAAUAUUUACGUUAUGUUUGAAUACAUGCUCCGAGAAGUAUCAACGAUCCGCAGAAGGCUGGUACUAAACCCAAACAGCCAUAUUCAAGACCGUCUCUUCGCUUUCAGAAAUUUGUGCUCACAUAUACGACUUGGCAUGUCAACCUCGUACCUCCAUCCAUCUCGUAAUCUAGUGCUCAACGAGGCUCCAUUCGCACAUUGCAAGAGGCUUGAAUUACUACUACACUUCCAUAUUGUCCAAAUUACUGCCCAUAUUCCCAACCUAGACCAUGAAUCCCAUCCCUUCGAUGACCAACUAUCCCAGAAAGCCGCAAUGAAAGACUGGCAGAUCUGCAUCGCAGAAUGCGAAGACAUAGUUGGCGUCUUCCAGCACUGGGAACCCUCCUACUAUCCGCGCACUGAGCCGACCGUGUGCUCCAUCAUCUGGGCUACGUGUUAUCUCCUAGCUCUCCAAACAAUGCACGUUGCUACCAGCGCCGAAAAGAAGGUCCAGCUAGAGAAUAAUCUGGACUUGCUCUCAGCAUCUCUCGAGCAUUUUUCGAAGUACUGGCCCAUCGCUCGUGCUCAGCUCCGUGAGUCUACCCACCCCCACUCCCACUCCGAAGGACCAACCAAAUGGCCAUUUAUGUAUGAUGCAGCAGGCACCGUGGUAAAUCAGGAGCUGGCUUGCUGA